GUCCCUGGAGCAGAAGCAGAAGCAGAGCAGGGCCAAAAACCCCACCCAACCCCCUCCGGCUCCCCUUUCCCUUCCGGCCAUCGCCGCGGCCGGCCAUCGCCUCCUCCCCAAUGCCGCCGCCCCCGCCUCCGCCUCUCGCCCAGGGCAUGGCCCGUCCGACCGCCGCCGCCGCUGCCGCCGGGGAGGACCACGCGACGAUGGACGAGGCGCGCCCAGCAGCAAGGUGUGAGAUAUGUGGGAGUGGAGAGAACCAGCAUGUUAUGUUCAGCUGCAUCCAGUGCAACGGCUGUCAACAUCGUUAUUGCCUGCUGAUGGUGGAGUUUGAAAUGAGAUACGACUGGUGUUGCUCUGAAUGCAAAAAAAAGGCUGAUGGGGACCCAAAACCUAUUCAAGGUGAAAAAACAGAGUUUCAAAGGCCUGAGAAGAGUCACAGGAAUGUGGCCCAUCAAAUUGGUGUUAAAACACCCCAAAUAUAUGAAAAUUCUAAACUGAAGUUCAUUCCCUGUGAAGAGGCAGCACUGUUGAGUAGAGAGAGGCCAGCAGUUCAUUACACACGAAGAUUUGUCAUGCGACGUAGUCAGGUUAAGCCUGCAUCUCCACCAAAUCUGAAGUGCUCAUCCCCCAGUAGACAGGUUCAUCCUGCAUCUCCUCCACGCAUGAAAUGCAUAUCACCCAGUAGACAGGUCCAUCCUGCAUCUCCUUCAACCAUGAAAUGCAUAUCACCCAGUAGACAGGUUCAUCCUGCAUCUCCUCUAAAUCUGAAGUGCUCAUCCCCCAGUAGACAGGUUCAUCCUGCAUCUCCUCCACGUAUGAAAUGCAUAUCACCCAGUAGACAGGUCCAGCCUGCAUCUCCUCCAACUAUGAAAUGCAUAUCACCCAGUAGACAGAUUCAUCCUGCAUCUCCCCCAAAGAUGAAACCUUCGUCCAGUAUGAAGAGCAUACUUCCCAGUAGACAGGGUCGCCCUCCAUCUCCUCGAAGUAUGAAACAGUCGUGCAGUAUGAAGUGUGUAUCUCCCAGUAGGAGUGAUGGUCAAGCAUUUUCCUUGAAACGAUGCGCUGUUGCAAGUCAAAACCCGAUAAAAGCUGAUGAUACAAAGAAGAGACAGAAAGUGCAGUCAGGUGCGGCAAUUCCUAUGAUUCCACAUAAUACAAAAGGAGAAGUUACAAAAAUUGACCAGCAGCUUCAAGAUCAGCCAAAAGAAGAGAAGGUGGCCAAUGCAGAUAGAGGAAAAUGCAACUCCUGGGUAGACGAUCAACCUACUGGGAAAAGUGCACUCAAUGCUUCAGUGCUAACAGAUGCUGAUAGUGGAUGUGGAUCUGGAACAAAGAGUCUGCACAACAAUAUAGACAUGCCAGUGAUCAUCAGCUCAAGUGCAGAGUACGCAAGACGCCCUCCACCAGAAGCACAUUGCUGGACGGGAUGCUUUCUUCUCUCUGAUGGAGAAAGUUCUAAUCUUGGUGAAUUUAAAGCAUACUUCCCAUCUGUAGUAUCAUCCAGAGUUUGUAAUAUCGCCAAGAAGAUGCCUAACAAUAUACAGUUGAAGAUAUCACCUCGAAUGAAUUACUGGCCAAAGACCUUUGACGAAUUCUGUCCAGUUUAUGACGACAUUGCCUUGAUAUUUUUCUCUGCUGAACUUGACUGUUAUAACAAAAAGCAUCCUCGUCGCUUGGAGGCGUACAACAGUUUUGUCAUGAAGGCAUAUAUUGAUGACAUCAUGCUGUUGAUAUAUUCCUCGGAAGUGCUUCCACCUGAUUCUCAGUGGAUAGACGGAGAGAGUUACUUAUGGGGAGUUUUUGUGAAGCCAAAGGCAAAGAGCAAUCAUGCGCACUUAGGUUCAGGUGCUACAUGACCUCGUGGUUUCUUUGGGCAUGAACACAUCAGUAAAAGGGGCAGGCAGUCAAUUCGAGGGACGGCUGAGGACUCUCCAUCAUAUGCCACAAUGCUCGCAUUAUGGCACAGAGGCAUCGGACUGGUUUAAUCCACUCGAGCUCCUUGCUGAAGGAAGCUCUAAUGGACCAGCAUUGGUAGUUUGUAUAGAUUGUCAUGUCAGUGUAAUAUGUUACUGCUACUCUAUAUGCUUGAUUUGCAGCGGUGUAUUGCUGCUAAGGUGGGGAGGUGUUAGGACUUAGGAAGAAAACCUGUGAUGCUAGUGACGUGCUGGAGAUGCUUCAAGUAUUAUGAGGGUUGUCAAAUUAGGAGGAAAACUGGCACAUGCUAAUAUGCUAUCCUAUGGAGUAUGGUUGUUAUA